AUGCCUGGACUGCCCGGCUUUUCUGACAAUCCCUUCCGGGAUCGUCAUGAUCUAAUACGUGCCGCCACUGCAGUUAUUAAACCAUUAGAGCAAUACAGGUCCAAGUCUAAAGCUCGCGUUAAGCUAUACCCAUCGACUGCUGCGGCUUUUGACGAUGUUGCCGCUCAACUCGAAGGUUUUGCUCGUCCACUAUGGGCAAUAUCAGGUCUUGUGGAUAAGGAUAUCGACCCUUCAAUGCGUUCCUGGAUCCGCGGUAUUGAAGCUGGGGUUGAUCCAGAUAAUCCCGAAUAUUGGGGUCACCUCAGAUCAUUCGACCAGCGCAUGGUUGAGAUGGAAUCGAUAGCUUUCGCCUUAUUGAUGGAGCCUCAAGAAAUCUUGUCAUUCUUGAAACCGGAAUCUAUAAAAAAUCUCAAACAAUGGCUGCAACAAAUUAACAACUUCACUAUGCCGCAAAAUAACUGGCGAUGGUUCCGCGUUCUCGUGAACCUGGCACUGACAAAGGUUUUGGGAUCCGAUAAAGAGAAAGCGAGACAAGCCAUGGAUGCCGAUUUUGAAGUGCUCGAUCAGUUCUACCUCGGAGAGGGCUGGUCGUCGGAUGGAAUUUGGGGAGACGACAGGAAGCAGGCAGAUUACUACUCUGGAAGUUUCGCGAUUCAAUUCGCGCAGCUACUAUAUGUCCGUUGUGCAGUCGACGACGAGGAAAGAGUUGAGAAAUAUCGACAACAAGCGAUAGACUUUGCGUCCGAGUAUUGGAGGUACUUUGACACAAAUGGUGCUGCUAUUCCCUUUGGUCGAAGUAUGACCUACCGAUUCGCCUGCGGAGCUUUCUGGUCAGCCCUUGCCCUCUCGGAUAUUCAGUCUCCAAAGUCUCGAGUUGGCUUGGGCGCAGUCAAGGGACUCCUCCUGCGGCACCUGCGAUGGUGGGCGAAACAGCCAGAGAUCUUCAAUUCAGACGGUACAAUGAAUAUUGGCUAUACGUACCCCAACAUGUACAUGUCUGAAGACUAUAACUCCAGACAAUCGGUCUACUGGUGCUUGAAAUCUUUCGUCGUGCUGGGGUUACCAUCAGAUCACCCAUUCUGGACUGUCCAAGAAGAGUCCCAUCCGAUCUACUCCUUGGUUCCAGGGGCCAGAUUUCCUAACUCUACCAAGGUCUUUAAACCACCGCAUCAGAUAGUAUGCCACUCUGAAGAGCAUCAUUAUCUUCUAUCAGCGGGACAGAUGACCACCAAAAUGUUCAAGGCCAGAGAAGCAAAGUAUGGAAAGUUCGCAUACUCUUCUGCCUUUGGGUACAGCGUUCCAACUGGCUUGGAACUCCACCAGGUUGCGCCCGACAGCACCUUGGCAUUGAGCUUCGAUGAUGGCGAAACGUGGAGGGUCAGAUCGCAGCCAGUCGAUGUUUGCUUUGAAACUAUAUCUAUUCACUCUGCAAAAGGUCGUGGCCAUCUUCCUGCUAUUAUCAGCACGUGGAGGCCGGCAAAGAACCUCGACCUAACAGUCCGAACGACUUUGGUCCCUUUGACCUAUCAUUAUCCGGGAUGGCACAUUCGUAUACACCACGUGAAUGGCCUUGGUGGAGUCAAUAACAUCCCGUGGUUCAACGGCUUUGAAAUGGUGGACAGCUCGUUCGCUGUAAACGCACUGACGAAAGAGGGAUACCAUAUCCCUGAUAUAGGCAAGACGGACAUAAAGCAUGACGGGCAGUUCGCUGAAGGGUGUGUUACUGAGCCAUCUAGUGUUCUCGUCAAAUCCAGAAGUGGAGUCAGUGGCAUUGUUGAUUUGACACCAACUAUCCACUUCAAAGGGGCGAUUCGCCGUGAUGAACCGAAGCAGGGAGGGAAGGGAUAUCUGAUUCAAGCAGAUCCUAACACAAACUUGAUCGCACAGAGGACUUUCAUUCCUUCGAUCCGGUAUUCUGGCACACAUCUCACCAGCAGUCAAUCUAACUUCACGUCUGACGCUCCGCCUCCAGCCAUUGUUGCAACUGCAGUGUUUGGUGUGAGUAAUGUGAACCAGAGCCUGAAAUAUGUGCCAAAUGACUGGUACUAUUUCAAAGAUGAUUGGGGAUUCAUGACCGUGUUAGAGGUUGAUAUAACUACGGCUGGUGAAAUGAGCGUUAGCAUUCAGCGGAUAACACCUCCUGGGACCUUAGAAAAGGGGCCUUUAUAA